AGUACAAGCAGUUUCUGGUAUGAAAGCAGGAAGCAAGCUGAACCACGUGAGCAAAGAAACAUGGCGUCGCCUAGUAAUGUUGUGAGAGUUUGUUGCCUGGUGGGACGGACUCGGAUGGUUACUGCUCUGUCAACAAAAUACAGAAAAUAUAGCAACUUGCCUCCUCGGAGACAAUUUAUCACGUCGACAUGGAAAGGUCUGCAGUUCCGUCUAGACGAGAGGACAGCUCACAGCAGUCUGGAUCUCUUUAAGAAAGACACCGGCGUCAUCUACCGCAUGCUAGGUCUGGACCCCAGCCAUGUCCAAGACAGCCCUGAGCGUUUCCGAGACUGGGCGGUUGUGUUUGGCGACGAGAAGAUCAACAGCGGACGCCACUACUGGGAAGUGACGGUCAAAAAGUCUCAGGAGUUUCGCGUGGGAGUAGCCGAAGCACUGAUGUCACGUGAUGACUGUGUAGGUACGAGCAGUUCCUCGUGGGUGUUCGGCUAUGCUCAGCGCAAGUGGUUCGCCAUGACCAACAAUAAGAUUGUCCCUGUGACCCUGGUGGGAAAGCCGGACCGUGUGGGCAUUCUGCUGGACUUUGAGGCAAGGUUUUUGGGGCUGGUAGACACUGAGAGACCGAGGAUCAUUCAUACCAUCAGCGGUCAUUUCAAGACUCCACUCUGCCCUGCUUUUGGACUUUGGGAUGGGGAGCUGCUCACACACUCUGGCAUGGAGGAGCCUCAGGGCCUUAAGUGAUAGCUUCAAAGGAAAAUUGUGCCCGUUAUUCACAAUCCUUAUGUGAAAUAUGAACAUAUUUAUUUCACUUUUGUGUGUGUUCUAAAGAGAGAAAACAAUAUUGCAGUAGCGUGGUUAAUAUUUGUCCAUUUAUUUUCUCUCUUUAGAAUGCACAGAAAUGGGAAAUAAAAUGUGUUCGUGUCCCACAUAAGAAUUUUGCAUAGUUUUUCUUUAAUGAAAUUGCCUCACAUAUGGAAAAAAAUAUACAAAUGAAUCAUUUAUUGUUUUUAAAACACGCCUGGUCAUCUUGCAUGUUCAUUAUUAUGAAUCUUGCCAAUCUAUGCUUGGACUUUUUUGUGAAAGAGCAAAUGAUUUAUCAUUUAUCAGCUUAUGAGCAAGAUAUGAGGUGGUUAAACUUUUUACACAUUUCUGGUGCUGCCUUUGUGGGCAUGUUAAUACUGUAUAUUAAAUUUACAUCACUGAAACAGGCAUUGGGUGCGUUCACUUUUGCACGACUAAAAAAAAAAAAGAAUCGGAUACCUUUUUAACAUGAAAAGAGCCAUUUGUUUCCAUUGACCACUAAACUCAAAUUCAAAGUAAUACAACACAUUUAGUUUCCUAAUUAUAUCGUCACGUUCCUUUUCUGGUUUCCUGUUUCACCUACUACUACUACCUGGCAAUUAGUCAUGUGUUUCGGAUCAGCGUUUGCAAUAAAAUGCAGCAUUCCAGUUCCAA